CCAACCUACCCACCAGUGUCUGCCUCCUGCACAAUGCAGCCUGACACAAAGGACCCUAUCUGUUGUAAGGUGCCCUACUGUAAUGGUGUGGCUGUUACUGGGACUAUUAGUGGAGGAAGUGUGAUCCCCACCCCAGCACCCAAUCCCCAACCCACUGCUGCACCCUCUCCAGGCUCCAAUGUAGCCACUCCCACUCCUGCCCCCACAUUGCCGGAGGUGUGUGUCUACAAAGGCAAGCAAUAUGGACAGGAUCAGAAAUGGCAGGAUGGAUGUGAUUACAACUGUGUUUGUGUUGAUGCAAAAGCAGGUGUCUACCAGUGCACAGAAAGAUGUCCUAAGUACUCCAAACUGGCAGACAACUGUCAUUUGGAGAGAGACAUUUUGAAUCCCUGUUGUAUGAAGCAAGUAUGUGAUCCUAGCAAAACUACAGUAGCUCCCAGUUCUGGGGCCACCCCCAAACCUGUUCCACACUGUGUGUACAACGGGGCUUUGUUCAAAGAGGGAGAAUCCUGGGCUGAUGGUUGUGAUCUUACCUGUACGUGUGAAGAUGCAGAAAAGGGCUAUUACAGGUGUAAUGACAGGUGUCCAAGAUAUGAUAAUUUACCUGCUGAUUGUCCAAUGGAGACAGAUCCUAGAGAUUCUUGUUGCAAGCGCCCUCUCUGUAGUCCAACCAGUGCUCCAACCCCUCCCCCCACACCAGCCCCUCAGACCAUACCUCCAUCUCCAUUUGUCCCCCCAACAGCAUCUCCAGGGGUCCCUAUUAUUCCUGGCCAGACAUUUAUACCUCCACAUUUUUACAUUACUCCAGGACCAGGUCUCACAUAUGCCCCUGAUAAGCAUCCUACCCCAGGGCCAGGGCUGACAUAUGCCCCAGAAUUAUUCCCCACACCAUUUAAAAUACCAACUUUGGCUCCUGGACAAACUUUAGCACCUGGGCAAACGUUGAUUCCUCCAGGAAUUUAUUUGACACCUUCCCCAGGUAUGACAUUUGCUCCAAAUGCCAGACCCACUCCAGCUCCAGGGAUGACAUAUGCUCCCCAUGUCUUCCCUACUCCGUUUAAAUUGCCGACUUUGGGACCCAAUCAAACCUUAGCUCCAGGGCAGACUCUUAUACCACCAUUUUACCUGACACCUGCUCCUGGCAUGACAUAUGCUCCAGGCCAGAGACCAACCCCAGCACCUGGUCAAACAUAUGCUCCAGAGUUAUUCCCAACACCAUUCAAAAUCCCAACCCUAGCCCCUGGACAAACAUUAGCACCGGGACAGACAUUAAUUCCACCUGGUAUCUAUCUGACACCUUCACCUGGCCACACAUAUGCUCCAAAUGCUAGACCCACUCCAGCUCCAGGCCUGACAUAUGCCCCUCAUGUGUUCCCAACACCAUACAAGCCACCAACAUUGGCACCUGGUCAAACUCUGGCUCCUGGACAAACAUUAAUCCCACAAUUUUAUCUAACCCCAGCCCCAGGAAUGACAUAUGCCCCAGAUAAGCAUCCUACCCCAGCACCAGGGAUGACAUAUGCUCCAAAUCUUUUCCCUACACCAUACAAACCACCAACUCUGGCUCCAGGUCAAACCUUAGCACCUGGGCAGACCCUUAUUCCUCCAGGAAUUUAUCUAACACCAGGUCCAUACCAGACAUAUGCUCCAGGCUAUCAACCAACACCUGGACCUGGAAUGACAUAUGCCCCACAUGUUUUCCCAACACCAUACAUGCCACCUACAUUGGCUCCUGGUCAAACUCUUGCACCAGGUCAAACAUUGGUCCCUCCAUUCUACCUGACCCCAGGUCCAGGAAGAACAUAUGCUCCCAAUGCUCGUCCCACCCCAGCACCAGGGCAAACUUACAGACCAGAGUUGUUCCCUACUCCAUUCAAGAUUCCCACUCUUGCCCCUGGCCAAACUCUAGCUCCUGGACAGACAUUAAUUCCCCCAGGAAUCUACCUGACUCCAGCUCCUUUCUCGACUUAUGCACCAAAUCAGAGACCAACACCUGGGCCAGGUUUGACAUAUGCACCUCAUGUGUUUCCAACACCUUACAUGCCACCGACUCUUGCCCCAGGACAGACCUUAGCACCAGGUCAAACACUGAUACCACCAGGCAUGUACCUGACCCCAGGACCAUAUCAGACUUACGCUCCAAACAUGAGACCAACCCCUGCACCAGGACAGACAUAUGCACCUCAUGUGUUCCCCACACCAUUUAAAAUUCCAACUCUUGCUCCAGGACAAACUCUGGCUCCUGGACAGACAUUGAUUCCACCUGGUAUUUAUCUGACACCUUCACCUGGCCAGACAUAUGCUCCAAAUGCUAGACCCACUCCAGCUCCAGGCCUGACAUAUGCCCCAUAUGUGUUCCCUACACCAUACAUGCCACCAACACUUGCCCCUGGUCAGACACUGGCUCCAGGACAAACAUUGAUUCCACCUUAUUAUUUGACUCCAGCACCAGGACAGACCUAUGCUCCAAACAUGAGACCAACUCCAGCUCCAGGACAGACUUAUGCUCCUAAUCUGUUCCCCACACCAUUUAAGUUGCCUACCCUUGCCCCAGGACAGACUUUAGCACCAGGACAGACAUUAAUUCCUCCAGGUAUGUAUUUGACCCCAGCUCCAUAUCAGACAUAUGCUCCUUGGUUGCAACCAACUCCAGGACCUGGAAUGACAUAUGCUCCACAUGUGUUCCCAACUCCAUAUAUGCCACCAACUUUGGCCCCUGGACAAACUCUUGCUCCAGGUCAGACCUUGGUACCUCCACACUACUACCUCACCCCAGGUCCAGGAUUGACAUAUGCUCCAGGCAUGAGGCCUACCCCUGCACCAGGACAGACAUAUGCUCCAAAUCUUUUCCCAACGCCAUUUAAACUUCCCACUCUUGCACCAGGACAAACUCUGGCUCCAGGACAUACACUAAUUCCUCCAGGAAUCUAUUUGACCCCAGCCCCCUUCUCUACUUAUGCACCAAACAAGAGACCAACACCUGGACCAGGCAUGACAUAUGCCCCUCAUGUGUUCCCAACACCAUACAUGCCACCUACACUGGCACCUGGACAAACCCUGGGACCUGGGCAAACUUUAAUUCCACCACACAUUUAUCUAACCCCAGCACCAGGGAUGACAUAUGCCCCUAAUAUGAGACCUACUCCAGCUCCAGGACAGACAUAUGCACCAGAAUUAUUUCCAACUCCUUUCAAGAUACCAACACUUGCACCAGGACAAACCUUAGCUCCUGGACAUACAUUGAUUCCUCCUGGUAUUUAUUUGACUCCUGCACCAGGUUCCACAUAUGCACCAAAUCUCAGACCAACACCUGGACCAGGUAUGACCUAUGCACCACAUGUCUUCCCAACUCCAUUCAAACUGCCUACUCUUGCACCAGGACAAACACUAGCCCCAGGACAAACACUUAUCCCACCAAGGUUUUACCUCACACCAGCUCCAGGACAAACCUAUGCACCAAACCAACAUCCAACACCAGGGCCUGGAUUAACCUAUGCUCCAGAGUUGUUCCCAACACCUUUCUAUUUACCAACACUUGGUCCUGGCCAAACCCUUGCUCCUGGACAGACAUUGAUCCCACACUUCUACAUUACUCCAGCUCCUGGGCUAACCUAUGCUCCAGAUAAGAGACCAACACCAGGGCCAGGACAAACUUAUGCACCAGAGCUCUUCCCUACACCAUUCAAGAUACCUACACUUGCUCCUGGUCAGACCUUGGCUCCAAGCCAAACACUUAUUCCCCCUGGAAUUUAUCUGACUCCAGCACCUGGAUCGACUUAUGCACCAAAUGCUAGACCUACACCUGGACCAGGUAUGACCUAUGCACCACAUGUCUUCCCAACACCACUAAUUUUGCCAACACUAUCACCAGGACAGCCAAUCUAUCCUGGUCUGACAUUUGUCCCACCUCAACUUUAUCUAACUCCUGCUCCAGGUAUGACCUAUGCUCCUGACAAGAGACCCACUCCUGGCCCAGGUUUAACAUAUGCCCCUUAUCUCUUCCCAACUCCAUAUAUGCCACCAACAUUGGCUCCUGGGCAGACGUUAGCACCAGGUCAAACCCUUGUUCCACCACAUAUGUAUCUGACACCUGCUCCAGGCAUGACCUAUGCUCCCAAUGCUCAUCCCACUCCUGCUCCAGGACAGACUUAUGCACCUGAAUUGUUCCCAACACCUUUCAAAAUUCCAACUUUAGCACCAGGUCAAACUUUGGCUCCAGGUCAGACCCUUAUACCACCAGGCAUUUAUUUGACACCAGCACCAGGGUCAACUUAUGCACCAAAUGCUAGACCCACACCAGCUCCUGGUUUGACCUAUGCUCCACAUGUAUUCCCCACACCAUACAAGCCACCAACAUUGGCACCUGGACAAACCUUAGCUCCAGGACAAACACUUAUUCCACAUAUAUACCUCACACCAGCCCCAGGAAUGACAUAUGCCCCUGAUAAGCAUCCUACCCCAGCUCCUGGACAAACUUAUGCACCAGACCUUUUCCCUACACCAUUUAAGAUACCAACUCUGGCUCCAGGGCAAACAUUGGCUCCAGGGCAGACCCUUAUUCCUCCAGGAAUUUAUUUAACACCUGGUCCAUACCAGACAUAUGCUCCAGGCUAUCAACCAACACCUGGACCUGGAAUGACAUAUGCCCCACAUGUUUUCCCAACUCCGUACAUGCCACCUACAUUGGCUCCUGGUCAAACUCUUGCACCAGGACAAACAUUGGUCCCUCCUUUCUAUCUGACCCCAGGUCCAGGAAGAACAUAUGCUCCUAAUGCCCGUCCCACCCCAGCACCAGGGCAAACUUACAGACCAGAGUUGUUCCCUACUCCAUUUAAGAUUCCCACUCUUGCCCCUGGCCAAACUCUAGCUCCUGGACAGACAUUAAUUCCCCCAGGAAUCUACCUGACUCCAGCUCCUUUCUCGACUUAUGCACCAAAUCAGAGACCAACACCUGGGCCAGGUUUGACAUAUGCACCUCAUGUGUUUCCAACACCUUACAUGCCACCGACUCUUGCCCCAGGACAGACCUUAGCACCAGGUCAAACACUGAUACCACCAGGCAUGUACCUGACCCCAGGACCAUAUCAGACUUACGCUCCAAACAUGAGACCAACCCCUGCACCAGGACAGACAUAUGCACCUCAUGUGUUCCCCACACCAUUUAAAAUUCCAACUCUUGCUCCAGGACAAACUCUGGCUCCUGGACAGACAUUGAUUCCACCUGGUAUUUAUCUGACACCUUCACCUGGCCAGACAUAUGCUCCAAAUGCUAGACCCACUCCAGCUCCAGGCCUGACAUAUGCCCCGUAUGUGUUCCCUACACCAUACAUGCCACCUACACUUGCCCCUGGUCAGACACUGGCUCCAGGACAAACAUUGAUUCCACCUUAUUAUUUGACUCCAGCACCAGGACAGACCUAUGCUCCAAACAUGAGACCAACUCCAGCUCCAGGACAGAAUUAUGCUCCUAAUCUGUUCCCCACACCAUUUAAGUUGCCUACCCUUGCCCCAGGACAGACUUUAGCACCAGGACAGACCUUGGUUCCUCCAGGUAUAUAUUUGACCCCAGCUCCUGGUUACACUUAUGCCCCUGACAAGAGACCCACUCCAGGACCUGGAAUGACAUAUGCUCCACAUGUGUUCCCAACUCCAUAUAUGCCGCCAACUCUAGCCCCUGGACAAACUCUUGCUCCAGGUCAGACACUCAUACCUCAUUUCUACCUCACCCCAGGUCCAGGAUUGACAUAUGCCCCUGGCAUGAGGCCUACACCUGCACCAGGUCAAACAUAUGCACCAAACCUGUUCCCAACUCCAUACAAGCUCCCCACAUUGGCACCAGGUCAGACAUUGGCACCAGGACAAACAUUGAUACCCCCUGGUAUUUAUCUUACACCAGGACCUUAUCAGACAUACGCACCAAACCAAAGACCAACACCAGCACCAGGCAUGACAUAUGCCCCACAUGUGUUCCCAACCCCAUACAUGCCACCUACGCUGGCACCUGGACAGACCUUAGCACCAGGUCAAACAUUGAUACCACCACACAUUUAUCUGACUCCAGGUCCAGGAAUGACAUAUGCCCCUAACAUGCGACCUACUCCAGCACCUGGAAUGACAUAUGCCCCUGAGUUAUUCCCAACACCAUUUAAGUUGCCCACACUUGCUCCAGGUCAAACUUUAGCACCUGGUCAGACCCUCAUUCCACCUGGAAUUUACCUGACACCAUCUCCAGGAGUAACAUAUGCUCCGAAUGCAAGACCUACUCCAGGACCAGGUUUGACUUAUGCUCCACAUGUGUUCCCAACACCUUUUAAAUUUCCAACACUUGCUCCCGGGCAAACACUAGCACCAGGGCAGACAUUGAUACCUCCAGGAAUAUAUUUGACUCCAUAUCCAGGUGCUACAUAUGCACCAGAUGCUCACCCUACCCCAGGGCCUCACAUGACAUAUGCACCAUAUUUAUUCCCAACACCAUUUAAACUACCAACACUUGCCCCAGGUCAGACUUUGGGACCAGGCCAGACCCUCAUACCACCCCACAUUUAUCUGACACCAGCCCCUGGUAUGACAUAUGCUCCAAAUGCCCGACCCACACCUGCACCUGGUUUAACAUAUGCCCCAGAAUUAUUCCCAACACCAUACAAACCCCCAACUCUAGCUCCUGGACAAACUCUUGCUCCUGGUCAGACUUUGAUUCCUCCAGGUAUCUAUCUGACACCUGCACCAGGAUUGACAUAUGCUCCUAAUAUGCGUCCAACUCCGGCUCCAGGAAUGACAUAUGCUCCACAUGUAUUCCCCACACCUUUCAAAUUGCCUACACUUGGACCAGGGCAAACACUUGGUCCACACCAGACUCUAAUACCACCAUACCCCUAUCUGACACCAUUACCUGGUUAUACAUUUGCUCCGGGGUUGGAGCCUACCCCUGCCCCAGGACUGACCUAUCCUCCUUACCUUUUCCCCACCCCUGCCCCAGCCAGGCCACCCACACCUGAGCCUGUUCCCACAGCAGUGUCUGGAGUGAUAACUGGUAUUGGAGUGGGUGGAAAUGGAAGUGCAUGUUUUUACCAUGGAGUGGCCUAUGGACAAGGUCAGAAAUGGGAAGAUGGCUGUCAACUUUUGUGUGAAUGUAUAGACAUGCAUAUUGGCAGAUACAAGUGCAAAGAAAGAUGCCCAUCCUACCUGGAUGUACCAAACAACUGCAGAUUAGUGGUGGAUCCAAAAGACCCAUGCUGCAAAGUUCCAGAAUGCUUUGACACCCCUACCCCAGCCCCAGUGACUCCACCUACCCCAGGUCUGUUCCCCACCCUGACUCCAGUGCCUACCAGUACACCAACACCAGCUCCUAAGAUUAAAGACAUGUGUGUCCAUAAUGGUGUACCGUACACACAAGGACAAAAAUGGUUUGAUGGCUGUAGUAAGGCAUGCAUCUGUGAAGAUGCCAAGUCAGGCUACUAUCGCUGUGAUGACAGGUGUACGACAUACACAAGUAUCCCCUCACAGUGUACACUGGUGGCUGAUCCUAAGGAUCCAGAGUGUUGUGAAGUUCCUCAGUGUAUCACAGUUCCACCCAAUCCAACCAAUGGCACAAUUACCAUCACAGGGGUCACAGGUGUUGUGACAGGUGGUGGAAUUGUUCCUACAACACCAAAUCCAGGGUGUUUCUAUAAGGGUAAAUUCUAUGGAGCCGGACAGAAGUGGCAAGAUGGCUGUGAUUACGAUUGUGAGUGUAUUGAUGGCAUGAAUGGAAAAUACCAGUGUACCCAGAGGUGCCCCUCUUACCCCAUUAUUCCACCUCAGUGCCAGCUACAGCGAGAUGAGAAUGAUCUGUGUUGCUACAAACCAAAGUGUGACUUCCUCAAUCCUCCAAGCACUCCUUCAAUGGGCCCUACACUGACACCAACUCCACAGCCAACACCAGUGGCCUUCUGUGUGUACAAUGGCGUACCCUAUUUGCAAGGAGACAGCUGGAACAAGGGCUGCAGUCAAACCUGUCGAUGUGAUGAUGCCCAGACAAACUACUACUCCUGCUUUGACAGGUGUCCUUCAUUUAACAACCUACCUGAUGGAUGCAAAAUGGAGGUAGAUCCAAAUGAUGCUUGCUGUGAAAUACCAAACUGUCCCAAUGUUCCUACCCCAGCACCAUUCAACAAGCCCACCCCCGCUCCAGGAGUGUCCCCCAGUCCUACUUAUCCUGUUCCUACACUGGCACCAGGAGUUAUAUCAGGAUUUGGACCUAAACCUGACCCCAAUACUGGAAUUGGACAAUACAUUGGUUUCUGCGAAUACAAAGGCGUGAAAUAUCACAAAGGAGACACAUGGACAGAUGCCUGUAGCUACAAGUGUCAGUGUAUUGAUGAAGCAUCAGGUGCUUACACCUGUACAGAAAGGUGUCCAAGAUUUGCUGCUCUGCCACAGUCCUGCUUUAUGACCACUGACCCCAGUGACCAGUGCUGUAAGAUUCCAACCUGUCCAAGUACACCCACACCUGGUCCAUUAGGUCCAACACCUUCACCCACACCCAAAGAUGUGUGUGUCUACAAUGGCAAGGCUUAUACUCAAGGACAGAAAUGGUCAGAUAAAUGUGACAAAAACUGUGUCUGUGAUGAUGCCAAAAAAGGACUCUACACUUGCACUGACAGAUGUCCUAAAUAUGAUAACAUUCCAAGUUCGUGUGUAAUGGUGGCUGACCCCAACGACCCCAGCUGUUGCCAGGCUCCAAAGUGUGGCAACGUGACAGCUGGUGUCACAGGCAGCAUCACAGGAAGUGGGCAACCCCCAACUGUCAACAAUGCCUGUUACUACAAGGGAUCGCUUUACCAGCAAGGCCAGAGAUGGAGAGAUGGCUGCUCAUAUGACUGUGUGUGUCAGGAUGCUACCACAGGAAGAUACUCCUGUAAUGACAUUUGUAAGAGAUAUCCUAGCUUGCCUUCUUCUUGUCGCUUGGAAAUUGAUCCAGCCCAGCCUUGCUGUAGAAAACCCAACUGUGUGAAUCCAACCCCAGCACCAAACAUGUCCCCCACCCCUCCAACAACAGAGUUCUGUUUGUACAAUGGAGUUAUAGUCAAACAAGGACAGGUGCUUCGUGUGGGAUGUGACAAGACCUGUAGGUGUGAUGAUGCCAAGAGUGGACAAAUCAACUGCCAGGACAGGUGCCCCACUUAUCAGACUCUAUCAAAGGGAUGUACUCUGGUGACAGAUCCUAAAGACACUUGUUGUCAGGUCCCUCAAUGUCUGAACCCCAACAGUACUAAUCCCGACACCAUUGUGACGGGGGUCCCAGGAACCAUUAUAGUGUCCCCUCAGACAGGAACCUCAGUCACAGGAAACAGGAAUUCCUGUGUUUACAAAGGCACGUUUUACAGCCAAGGACAGAAAUGGGAUGAUGGUUGUACCUAUUCCUGUGAAUGUGUAGAUGCAUACAAUGGACAAUACAGAUGUACAGAGAAAUGUCCAAGAUACGCCAAUCUUCCAAACUACUGUACUUUGGUGGAGGAUCCUGCUGACCGCUGCUGCGAGAAGCCAUAUUGUACUCCCCUGUCCACCCCCACCCCACCAGCCCCCCUCCCUGGCAGCACCACCCCCACUCCUAUCCCUGGACCAUCUCAACCAAAAUACUGUUCCUACAAGGGAAGCCUCUAUCAGCAAGGACAGCUGUGGUAUGACGGAUGUGACUUGUCGUGUCGCUGUGAGAAUUCCACGUCCAAUCUGUUCCGUUGCCAAGAGAGAUGUGCUGUAUAUACUAGUGUUCCAGCGUCCUGCUCUCUGGUUCCCGACCCCUCAGAUCCAUCUUGUUGUAAGAUUCCUUCAUGUUCACCGGCAAGUGUGACACCACUGAUAGGAAUCAACACACCCCCCACCACAGUGGCCCCCGGAGUUAUCACUGGAAUCGGCAAAAUCCCCACCCCCUCACCAGGUCUGCCACCACAGCCAGGCUGUGUUUACAAGGGAAAACAGUAUACCACAGGACAGAAGUGGGACGACGGCUGUUCUUACUCGUGUGAAUGUGUCAAUGGCAUGAUAGGCCAGUACAAGUGUACCGAAAAGUGUACAAAGUAUGUUGGACUCCCAGCUCAAUGUCAGCUGAUUGUUGAUCCAUUUAACAAAUGCUGCAGGAUCCCAUACUGUGACUACUCACAGAAUCCUACGCCCAGACCUAUCAUUCCUCCAACACCCAAACCUGGCCAGCCAGCUCCAAUCACCGUAGCUCCAGAAACAGGUUUCUGUAGCUAUAAGGGAGUGUACUACACACAAGGCCAAUCCUGGUCUGAUGGAUGUGAUAGAACAUGUCGCUGUGAGGAGCCAUCAAAAGGACUGAUCACCUGUACCAACAAGUGUAAGACAUUCAACAACUUGCCUAGCAGCUGUCGCCUAGUUACCGAUCCUAAGGAUGCCUGUUGUCUGGUUCCUGACUGUAACAGGUACCCCACCCCUGCACCACCCCUCCCACCACGUCCAGGCAUUACUACCACACAGGUUCCGAUUGUGGUACCCACAAGUGUGGCUGGCUCCUUUACAGGAACUAACCAGUACCCUAAUGUAGGAUUUGGUGGAACAGGCAAACGAAAUGUCUGUGUGUACAAGGGUGCACUGUAUAACCAGGGAAGCACUUGGACUGAUGGAUGUGAUUACAACUGUGAAUGUAUUGAUGCUCCAAAGGGACUUUACAAGUGUACUGAUAGAUGCCAGAAGUACUACAAUCUUCCUCCUCAGUGCUACAGGACGUAUGACCCGAAUGACCGUUGUUGUACCAUUGCUAAAUGUGACUUUAACUACAAUGCCACCACCCCAGUACCACCAACAGCACCCACCACCACAGCUACCACUGUCAUGUCAAUCUCAACCAUCAAACCCAUGGACAAAUGUCUGUAUGUGGACAACAGUUUGUAUGCUAAGGGAGCUACUUGGAAUGUGGGUUGUGAUUAUGUCUGCACCUGUGAAGAUCCAGCCUCCAAUAAAUACAAGUGCAAUGCCAGAUGCCAGGCUUACUCUGGUCUCCCCUCCGUCUGUACUCUCCAACCUGACCCUAACGACAAGUGCUGUGAGAAGCCAGACUGUGGGUCAUACACACCGUUCAUUGAUGGUCCUGUUACACCCUCUCCUAAUGGGCUGAACAUCUUCCCAGUGGGAACGCACAGUAGUUUCACCGGCACUGGCUGGCAGCCUGGGACAUUCAAUCCCCCAACAUUUGGAGGCCGACAUGUGUGUAUUUAUAAUGGAAAGAUCUACAACCAGGGUCAGUCUUGGGAUGAUGGUUGUAAAUAUGUCUGUACAUGUGAGAAUGCCAAUACUGGACUGUAUCGCUGCACAUCCAAAUGUCCACACUUCCCUGCGACUCUCCCCAGCUACUGUAAACUUGUCAAUGUCCCUGGACAGUGCUGUCAGUCUCUGACUUGUGAUGUUCCAGGAUAUGGAACAUACAAUCCUAUCCCUCAGCUGAACCCCACUCCAGCCCCAGGAAAGCCCCCCGCCUCAAUGCCUCCACCAAAUCCUACCAUCCAAAUCACUACUCCCUCCUCUGUCACUGUGUUCCCGGGAUCAGGAUAUCCCAUCAGCUCUUCACAAGUCCCACAAGUCACCUCUCAGUGUAUAUUCCAGAAUAAGGUUUACAACCAAGGCGAGAAAUGGAACCAGGAUUGUAAAUUCUCCUGUGAAUGUAAAGAUGGACGCACAGGAUACUUUGAAUGCAAAUCCAAAUGUCCAACUUACACUGAUAUCCAGAAAGCCAACUGCUUCAGUAUUCAGCCUACUGGUGUGAAUGGUGAUUGCUGUGAAACCAUUAAGUGUCCUAGCAGUAAUGGCCAGAUCAUCAGUGUUGAUCCAAACAAACCCAGUCAGUUCCCUGUGAUAGGGACCUACCAGCCAGGCUAUUCAGGAUUCCGACCAAACUAUCAACCUCCAUCUGGUGGACAGACAGGAACCUCUACUGGCUGUGUAUACAAAGGUGUUGCUUAUCAGGUGAACCAGAAAUGGGAUGACGGAUGUGAUUUCAGCUGUACGUGUAAAGACAGUGCAGGUCUCUACACCUGUACCUCCAAGUGCCCUACAUAUACAGCGCUGCCUCUAUAUUGUCACCUGGAGUCUGUCACUGGACAGUGCUGUAAACAGGUCAGGUGUAAUGCAUCCAACUCAGUGACCACAACACCACCGCCACAUGGAAGUCACAACACGGUGGCAGGCUGUCAGGAUCUCAUUUCAGAUUGUGCUUCAUAUGGUCACUCAGCCUGUACAGGCACAUUCAAAGACUGGGCACAGAGGAACUGUCCAGCUUUCUGUAACAUGUGUCAUCACUCAACUGUGACCACUCCACCACCACAAUGUAAUGACAAGAGUUUGUGUAAUAGCCUGGCCUUCCAACCUUGGGCUCAACAAAAUUGUCCCAACUUUAACCAGCUCUGCCAAGGGUCAACAACAACUUCUAAACCUUGUGUGGAUACAGAUUCAGCUACCCUGUGUCAAACUGCUGUCGCUAACAAUUUCUGUUCACAGUUCGCAUCUGUCAGACAACGAUGUGCUAAGUCAUGCGGAGUUUGUACUGUGGCCACAACACCUGCAACAAUUACAGCCCCACCCAGUGGCUGGCAGCUGUUAUUUAAGGGUGUGGCAGGAAUACCCGGUGACCUAUUCCAGUUGUGGGCUGGUGGACAGACCAUCAAUCCUCUGGACCCUACUGCUGCUAACCUGUUCCCAAAUAAACCCUACAAACCAGACGCAUCCAACAAGUGGAACUCUCUCUGCUUGGACAAGAUCAAGGUGUCCAUAUACAAGCAUGGAGUGGAGAAGGCGUUUAUUGUUUUUGAUGCUAGAAAUUCAGACAAGUUGAACUGGUUUACAUCUGACAGGAUCAUCGACUCCUCAUGGGGAGACAUUAAAGCCAUACCCAAACAAUUCAUUGGAAUGCAACAAGACCCGUCAACAGGUCUGCAGUUUUCUGUGACGCAGUCCUCUCAGCAGUGUUCAACAACAGGCUGGAUUAUGGUGACUUCUCCUACUUCAAACUGCUUCUAUGAGAAAGGUCUGCAGAAACCUGCAUUCUUCUACUCCAUGACCAACUCUGCCGUGAACUGGGGAUCAGCACAAAAGGGUUUGGGAGAUGUGUUUGCUAUACAGGGACACAGCACAUGUAGCAAUGGCACAACUACCACACCAUUACCACAGCCUUCAGGGUGUCUCUACAAGGGCACAUUACACCAGAAGGGAGACAGCUGGGUGGAUGGCUGUGACCUUAACUGUACCUGUCCAAGCGAUCAGUCAGGAAUGCCACAAUGUGUACCAAGAUGUCCAGUAUAUCAAGGCCUCCCUGCCCAGUGUCAUGUUGUGAAGAAGCCUGGGGAUUGUUGUGGACAAGUUUUCUGCAAUUUUACUGGCUUUAUAACUUGCAACUAUAAAGGAAAAGAUUACAGUGUGGGAGAUAAAUGGGAUGAUGGCUGUGACUUGACUUGUGAAUGCUCAGCUAAUGGUGCCUAUAGCUGCAAACAGAAGUGUGUGAACCACUGGAACAUUCCUAAAUCUAUUUGUUCCCUGGAAGAGCCGCAACCCGGAUGUUGUUGCCAGGUGCCGAAGUGUCCGCCGUAUGUGGUCAUACAGUAUCCUCAAGGAUACGGUCCAGAAGUCUGUAAAACUACGUGAUGGAAUA